UACAUGGGAGCGUCAUCUGCGGACUGAUGCGGGAGAGAGCGUUGUCCCACGAAGGAGGCGGGCACACCGGAGGAAUGGGCGGGGCGAUGACGGAAAAUAUGCUAAUGAGAGGCGUCGCCUGGUCAUGGGCGCUGUCAUGUAUGAGGCGGGCCACUGUGGCGUCGGUGUCAGGGCGGCCGGUGUUAUUGGCAAAAGGGCGGCGCGCUGUGUGCGGGACACCGGCGGCCUCUGGCCUCCUCCUGCGGUCGGUGUCUGUGCUGCAGAGGCUGAAACUUACACUGUCAUAAAUUAUAUGGGAGGGGAUCCCGGGCCGGUCACCUGCACCUAAAUAUCACUUUAUAUAUAACAUCGCCCCUCCAGCGGGAAUACCCAGUACCCGUAGCGCCGCUGCCUGCUGUUGGAGAGUGUUGUACCGGGCCGGGCUGCCGGUGCCACUCUGAUCCUUCCCUCCGAGGGGGGCGGGAAGCUUUGCAGCCUUGGCAUGUGUGCAUCCUCCCGAUGUUCCCUGACACGGAGAGCCCAGACUACUGCUGCUCCCUGGUGGAACAAGGGGAAGCAAACAACAUACUGCACUACUGCAAGAGGCCCAGACUGACCUUACCCUUGCCUAUCAAGCUCUGCGCUGUUCCCCUUUCCGUAUGGAAAAAGCUAAGUUUGAGGAAUGGAGAAAUAAACUGGAUGACUUGGUGCAGCAGGCACUGAAUAUUGGCUUCAAGCAGCAGCUCUUGCCAUGAGGUCAUGGAUGACUGUGUUUCUGGGCUGUGUCAGCCUCUUGUGCAUGCAACAGCUGACAGGCUUUUCGGCUUUGCCUUCUCCCCCUCUUUCACUGCUGCCAACUCCCAGAUCAUCUACUGCAUUAAAUGCAGACAUGGCGAUCCCGCUUGGCCAUCCCUAGGUGGUAAGCUGAUUAGUGGAGAGCCCCCAGACAGGGAAAAACACCUAAAGGAGGUUACCACAAUAAGACAAACUUUAUUCUCUCCACCAAUGACUGAUAUGAAGAUGCAUCUGAGAACCCUGCAGAGGAAACGAAGACGUGCUCGACGCAUGCAUGCACCUCGGUUAAUGCGUGUUGGCUGCUCACUAGGAACAUGUCAAGUGCAGAACCUGAACCAUCGACUGUGGCAGCUGAUGGGACAAGCGGGGAAGGAGAAUUCUCCAAUCCAGUUAAGCAAUCCCCAUAGCUUUGGCUGAGUUUCAUGGACCAAGACAACAGAAGACCUAUCAUAACUCAUUGGAUUUUGGUUUACCAAAUAGGGGCAUACUUAAUUAGCCGUGGGAUUUAGCCCCGUAGUAUCAAAUAUACUGCUUAGUAAAUAGACUGCUUCAGAUAGAUAGUGUCUGUAUUAUUUAUAUUGUGAUCUAAGCAAAACACAUAGUGAAUAUUCUGCAGUGAAACAAUGCUUUGGAACUAUUUUAAGCAGGUAACAGCAUAUCUACAACAUAGGCCUGAGGUAGGAUAGUGACAUUUGUACUGCUGGUAUGAGGCGCCAUCUGUUAACUAAUGGUGUACUGAAAAACAGCUAGAUCACUGUUGUCAUAAUGGAUUCCUGGGAUAGUAAAGACUAUUAUAGAUCUAAUAGGUUACAUCCGCAUUCAUCAUGGAAACCUGUUAGACAGCUAGUAGCUAAUUCUUGCACUAACAUUGUCACGCAAACCAAAUGAAUGUUAUUUAUUUUUUUUAAUAAAUUUAUUUAUUAGUAACUUAUGAACCAGAAAAGAAUGCAGCACCGCAGUAUUUUUAAUUUUGUUAAAAUUUGCCUAUUUAUCUUGUACAUCAUGGGUGAAAGUCCACGUCAGGUUUUUAAUGACUAGGUUGUCAUGAGACAGAUGAGGGCAUUAGUCAUGGAGGUUUAUUUACAAAGUGCGAAUGUUCAGUAGUCAAUACUAACAACUAGUCUGAGUCAUCUGUGUGUUCCUAUUUUGCCCCAGGCAGAUAAUGGGUAUACAUCAUACUUACCUAGUCACCAGGAAUAUCUGAGAGACUCCAGUAUUUUUGUGUG